AUGAUAACUCCUUCUCUCUAUCACACCAUUUGUCUCAGUCUUUUCAUCUUUGUCUACCCCUCCCAGUGUUUUCCUCUUUGUUUAAUUUCACAUUCUUAUUCUCUUUGUCUGCCCAUCUCAGUCUUAUCCCCUCUCUCUACACCUCUGUCUUAUCCCCUCUCUCUACACAUCUCAGUUUUAUCCCCUCUCUCUACACCUCUCAGUCUUAUCCCCUCUCUCUACACCUCUCAGUCUUAUCCCCUCUCUCUACACCUCUCAGUCUUAUCUCCUCUCUCAGUCUUAUCCCCUCUCUCUACACCUCUCAGUCUUAUCCCCUCUCUCUACACCUCUGUCUUAUCCCCUCUCUCUACCUCUGUCUUAUCCCCUCUCUCUAGACCUCUGUCUUAUCUCCUCUCCCUACCCCUCUCAGUCUUAUACCCCUCUCUACACCUCUCAGUCUUAUACCCCUCUCUACACCUCUCAGUCUUAUCCCCCUCCCUACCCCUCUCAGUCUUAUCCUCUCUCUCUACCCCUCUCAGUCUUAUCCUCUCUCUCUACACCUCUCAGUCUUAUUCUCUCUCUCUACCCCUCUCACUCUUAUCCUCUCUGAUCAAUUUUGGUAAAUAUAUCUUUUAA